AUGGCGAGUCUUCCUGCUUCUAACAAUCCCUCUGCAAACGGUGUUGCAGCAGAAACGUGCAAUGCAGCAGAAGCAGCAGCAGGCACAGCAGCAGCAGCAGCAGCAGCAGCAGCAGCAGCAGCAGCAGAGGAAGAAAAUGAUUCUUGUCAGCUAGGAAGCUUUGAAGCAGUGACACCAAAGGAAGCAAUUGCUGCCUAUAUGUGUCCAGAGGAAGCAGCAGAUAGUAUAAGAAGUUUAUGUCUGCUGCCCCCUGCUGCUGCUGCUGCAGCAGCUGCUGCUGCUGAUGGUGCAGCACAACAAGCACUAGGACCAGCAGCAGCAAGCCAGAUACAAGAGACUGCUCUUGCUGCUCUGCUGCUGCACCUACACAUGGGUCGUAUAUCUUUUGUUGAGGUAAUAAGAUAUGCAGACAGCUGCAGCACAGCAGCAGCAGCAACAGCAGAUGCAACAGCAACAGCACUAGCUACAUGUACAGGUUAUGUUAAGGCAGCACAAAUGCGUAAAUCUGCUGCUGCGCUGCCUGCGCAAAUAUUACGGCGUAUGCCCGAUCUAUCUCUCCGCAACAGCAGCAGCAGCAGCAGCAGCAGCAGCAGCAACAGCAACAGCAGCAGCAAUAGCAGCAGCAGCAGCAGCAACGACACCUGUAGUACAGGCAAAGAAGAUGACAUGGAUGCAGAGAUAAGCAACAGCAGCAACAGCACAACAGCAAGUAGUUGUGUCCCUGAUAACAGCAGCAGCAACAGCAAGAGCAACAGCAGCAGCAGCAGCAGCAGCAGGGAGAGAUUAGCAGCAGACGAUCCUUUAUGGGUGUUGCUGCUGCAGUGCAGCAACAAAUAUUUUACGGAUUGGCAAGGAACAGAAGGAGGAGAAUUGGGGUGUACGUACACCUCGUGCAUGCGCCCAACAGAAAUAGAGGCUGCUGUUGAUGUUAUUAUGAGUUACUUCCCUAUCUCAUUCACACCACCACCUAAUGCCGUCGCAUCCGUUACAGAGCAGCAGCUAAAUGAGGCAUUUGCUGCUGCUGCUUCUUCUUCUUCUCUUUAUGGUCCCUUAAUUCUCUCUCUUGCUGUUGAUUGUGUCCCAUCUCUUAUAGAGGACUGCAGCAGCAGCAGCAGCAGCAGCAGCAGCAGCAAGACAGGAAACCCUUUGCAGAAGGCAUUAAACUCUCUAUCUCCUUGUCUGCCAUACUUCGAGGCUGCUGCUGCUGCUGAUGCUGCAGUGCAGCUAGGCUUGCUGCUGCAGCAGCUGCAGGAGCAGCAGCCAGAGGAUAUGCUCCCUCUUGAGGCUGUGGAUCUUUUUGGUUUGCUGCUGCGGCGUGCUCAACAACCCUCACUGCAGCAGCAGCAGCAACAACAACAGCAGCAGGAGGAGCAGCAGGAGGAGCAGCAGGAGGACGAGGAGCAGCAGCAGCAGCAAGAGGACGGUGGUGUUGGGGUUACAUUAACAAUUAAACAGGCGGAGGAGGUACUGCUGCCCAUAGCAGCAAAUGUGCUGCAGAAUCUGCAGCAGCAGCAGAGACCAUCAGAGACAUUCCUGCUGCAGUUGCUGCUAGACGCAGCAGCAGCAGGACCCGUCAGCUGCUGCUGCUGCCUAAAGGGUGUGGCAUUGCCGGUGAUGCAGCACAUACUACGAGUAGCAGGUGUCUCCAAGCAGCAGGAGCAGCAAGAGCAGCAGCAGGACCAGCAGCAAGAGCAGCAGCAGCAGCUGGCUGCAGUUGCCUUAUCUGACGGCAGCAGCAACAGCAACGGCAUCUGCAGCAGCAGCAGCAGCAGCAUCGAUGAUGAUGACAACUGCUUGUCUGCCCUGUGUGCGUGCCUCCCGUGGCUAUCAGCAGAAGCUGUAGAGUGGAGCAGCAGCAGCAGCAGCGACAGCAGCAGCAGCAGCAGCAGCAGCAAAGAAUGCCAAUUUAUAUCUCAUAGUAAGAGGGAAGACAUAGAGCGUAGCUUAGCUAUACUCUUACGUCUGCUGUCAACAGCACAAGGGAGCGGCUGCAUGCAACCAGCAGCAGAGAUGCAUGCAGCAGCAGCAGCAACAGAAGCAGAAGCAUUAGAAGUUAAGGAGCAGCAGCAGGAAGUCCUGCUGCAGAUACUGCAGCAGCUGUUGCUGCUGCUGCUGCUCAGAGGAGACUCUCUUACCAAUUAUGCUCAUCACUCUAUGCUGCUGCUGCUGCACCUUAUUGGUAUUGUUGCUGCAGCAGUGCCUGUUGGUGCACCAGCAGCAGCAGCAGCAGCAUACGUAUUAUCUGUACUUGGUGGCUUUGUUGCAGCUCCUGGACAGGAAGCAGCAGCAACAGCAGACGUAAUGCAGCAGCAGCAGCAGCAGCAGCAGCAGCAGCUGGUGCUGCAGCAGCAUUUGCUGCAGGUGGUUAACGCAUUUCAUCAAAAGAUAAUACAAGACGGCAAAGGCGUAGGACCUGCUGCAGUUAGCAGCAGCAAACCUGCUGCUGCUGCUGCUGCAGCAGCAGCAGCAAAACACGACGCAGCGAAAAUAGGGGAAGGCA